AUGAAGUUCGGCGCGACGGCUUUCCUGACGUCUGUGUCAGUGUCUUUAUUGGCAUCUGGAGUUUCUGCUGUUUUUUCGGACGAGGCAUAUGUUGUAGAUUGGGCUAAAAAUCCAAUUGGUUAUUUAAAUUCUCAGAAUACCGUUGUUGCUCGUGGAAGUAGCAACAGCGAGGCGAUCAUUGGUACAUUUACUGAGUCCUCGGUACUGGCAUCAAUUAAUGGUACUGAUGGUACAACUCUUUGGAGAAGAUGGUUGGAUGAAUCCGAUUCUUCGUCUCAAACACAUGCUGUUUCUAGUAAAUACUUGGCAAAAGUAAAUAAUGGACUCAACGAGCUGUUUGUGUCUGCUUCUAGUGAUGGUCGAGUUAUUGCUUGGGAUCCUAUUACAGGUUUGGCCGAAUGGGAUAUCUCCCUUGAAGAAACGGUUUCUGCUAUCAAUGGAGUUGCUGCUAGUGCAAAUGCCAAUACUGAUCAAGUAUUUGUGGCACUGAAAAGUGGAUUUUUACUCAAAUUAGAUGCAUUGUCGGGUUCUCGUACCUGGUCUAGUGAUCUGGAAAUUGAUUCUGCUCCUUUGGCUGUGAUUGAUUUAUCAGACAAGGUUGGAGUCAUUACUUCCAGUGGCUAUUUGAUCAAUGUUGACAAAUCCGAUGGAUCUGUUCACUCGAGAAGAAAAUUCGGAAGUGCUACUUCAGUGUUUUCUCGCUCUUUGGACGAGGUUCUCAGUGUUCACCCUGUUCAAGGUAGCUCUGAUACUAUUGUUGUGGUGAGAUCAGGCUCAAAUGCUGCAAUUCGUGUGGUCGAUUCCAAUGGAAAUACUGCUAGUGAAGAAUCGGUUGUUUUGGCUAGUCAAUCAGUCAAGUCAACUGUAGAAGUAACUGCCACUUCUGAAGUGGUCAAUCUCUUGGACAGUAAUAUCAUUAUCAAGUUCACUGUCAAAGGUCAUACUAUUACCAGAGCUGAAGCUGAUAUUAAUACUAGUGUGAAUGCUGUCAGUGAAAACCAUCCGUUUCCUAUUCUGUCUUUUCCAUCUGGCAACACCCUUGCACAAACUGAGUUGGGUAAUUUACAACUCAUUGAUCCUUUAUUAGAAGUUGUGUGGUCUCGUCAAGAUGGACUGACCGAAAUCACGUCAGCUGUGUUUGUCGACUUUUUGUCUGAUGACUCGAGUCUGUCAGAAGAAGAGCUGCUCUUUGAAGAACAUGCUGAUGUCCUGUCUGCAUUUUCUAGAAGAUUGGCUCGUCACUGGGUAGAUUUGAAAUAUUUUAUUUCCCAUGUCAAAUUCCCUUCUGCAUCUGCUAGUAAUGCCGAGGAUGACAAGACAGCUGAAGUACCUCUUACAUCUCAUACCAAAACAGAAUCUCACGAUAACUUGUUUGGAUUCCAUAAACUCUUGGUGGUCGCUAAUAAGUACAAUCAUGUAUUUGCUUUGGAUACUACUAACCAAGGCGCUAUUGUAUGGUCCGUCACAUUACCGGUUCCACAAGGCUCUGAAAUUGUGGAUCUGGCUGUCAACUCCGAUACUAUCUAUGCAGUCAUUUCAACUGGUGAGAUUUUCACUGUCGAUGUUGAAGGAAAUGUUCAACCCUCGUCUUCCAUUUUAUUACCAUCAGAUUCUGUCAUUACCGAAGUUGUACACACUCAGAAUGCUAUAUAUGCUAUUUCAAACGAAUCUGUUUACACAGUUGUCAGCUCCGACUCCGCUAACGACUCGCCGGCUACAGAGUCCAAUGAUUCUACUGAUGAAGCUGUUAAAAGUACAUACCACACCAAAGUAUCAGAUGAUGGUACUACUCUUGAUGGAUAUGCUGUCAAUUUUGGCAUUGCCGAGCCUCAGAAGACCUUCCAGUACACUCCAGGACCCAAUUACCGCAUUGUUGCUACAGCCAAGCGGUCUCCUGAGGACUUGACUGCUUCCAUCGGUAAGGUCUUGGGAGAUAGAAGUGUGCUGUACAAGUAUCUUCACCGUAAUGCUAUUGCAGUUGCUGCACUCAACGAAGAAACCAAUACUCUCGUCGUGACUUUACUCGACAGUGUGACUGGCCGGGUUCUACACACCAAAGUCCACAAAGAUGAGGUGUCUAACAAAUCACCUAUCAACCUUGUAUUUGGUGAGCACUGGAUUGUGUACUCCUUUUACAGCAAACUGCCUAUUGAGGGCCAGAAAAUCGCUGUAUGGGAUUUGUACGAGUCAGAGAUUCCCAACCAAAGACACUCGCAAGAUGAUGAGAAGUACUCGUCUUUCGAUUCGUUUGCCCCCCCUCACGUCAAAUCGCAAUCUUACAUUUUCAACGACGAUAUCAUCACCUCGUUAUCGGUGUCUCGUACCAGAUAUGGUGUCACUUCCAGAGACAUUAUCCUGACUCUGAGCAACGGUAAAGUAGCAACUCUACCCAAGAUUUUGCUUGAUGCCAGACGUCCUAUUGGCCGGAAUCCCACGAAAGAAGAGCAAGAAGAAGGACUAGCAACUUACAACUCGGUCAUCUUCCUUCCUCCUAUGAACGUCCUCUCCCACUCGCGUCACCUCUUAGGAGUCAACCACAUUGUUUCCGAACCAGCAACACUCGAAUCAACAUCACUGAUUGCCGGAUUCGGGCCUGUAGACCUGUUCUUCACACGCAUCACGCCGUCUCGCCCCUUCGACAUGCUCACUGUCAGCUUCGAGAAACCCAAACUCAUCUACACCAUCAUGACCAUCCUGACCGUGACCAUUAUCGUGCGACGCUACGCCCUCAAAAAACGCAUUGACCAGCAAUGGGGUGUCGGCGAGCUCUAA